AUGGCCUUGUCACUAGGUUUAGAUGGGCCUGAGGUUAGGCAGGAGCUGAUUUUGCUGCUCAGAUAUCUGAAGCAAUGCAUGUAUUUCUCGAAGAAGCCAUACAGCGUGUUUUUGGACUAUGGUGGUUAUGGCCAGAAUGAUGUUCUUAUAAAGAAAUCUAAGGCGAGGAUCCUGAAGCCUGCCUUCACAAUUGUCUGUGACAGAAGUAGCCAAUGCUUUCUCCUUUUCAUUAGGGGGGCUAUCAGUGUUAAGGAGCGGUUGACAGCAGCAACUGGCGCAGAGGUUCCAUUUCAUCACGUUGUGGUCCAGGAAGGUCGUGUCUCCAACCUAGUGUUGGGUUACGCUCACUGUGGAAUGGUUGUAGCAGCUCGAUGGAUUGCAAAACAAGCCAUUCCUUGCCUGAGUAAAGCAAUCGAGCAAUUCCCAGAAUAUGAGGUUAAGAUCAUUGGACAUUAAAUGGGAGCUGGGAUUGCAACAAUACUAACAUACAUCCUUCGCGAGAAUGAGAAGCUGGCAUCAUCCACUUGUAUUGCAUUUGGGCCAGGUACUGCACUGAGGAGUAUAGUUUUAUUCAAAGGAAGCUGGCAACAAUACUAUCUCCAGCAGCUUAUCAUCUGCAUAUCCAUAUUUAAUAUUGGCUGGCCUAUGCCAUAUGCGCUCUAAAUAGAUACACGAUCAAGCUUCAGAAGCGUAUAAGGUGGUGCCCGGAAGAAGUUUAAAUUCGAUCUUAAAAAAAGAGUGCCUACAUUCUGCAGUGUGGAUGGAGACUUUCAUUGUUAGGAUCUGUUCCUGCCCUUCAGGAAGUUGUUUAAACGUUUUGGUGGACCGUCUUUAACUUUUAUGCCUCUUCUAAAUGACUUCGUAUCAUUUCGAAACAGAUGAUUGGAUGGAAGAAACCGUCGAUGACAAUCAAAGAAUGAGACCUUUUUACCAUGCUCCAAA